AGCCAGCGUACUGUUCUUGAGGCCCAAGUUAAUAUGAGAAUAACUUAGGGAAGAUUUGGUUUACAGUCCUGUAUAUAUAAAAGAGUACGGCGUCGCUAUGGUCGAGAUGAUUGAAGAGACAAGCUCCGGACCACAACUCAAAAAGCUCAGACUUGCUUCAUUGUCAAUUUGACUUCCUUCACUACCAAACCUCUUCACAGCCAACAUUUCUACCUUUCAACACAUAACACAUAUCAAAGAACUAAACGCUAUAUCAUCAUGUCUUCCAUUGCACCGUCGGCGGAGAAUCAACCUUCCCUCUUGAUUAGGAUGGUCAUGCCAUAUGGAGUGCCCACCUUCCGCUGCCCCUAUUGUCCCAUGUGGUUUCAAAAGCCUGGACACUUCAAGAAUCACCUAUCAAAACAGCAUACUGCGGAACUAGCCCAGGUCGGUAUCUUCUUGACGCUAUACCCCGAUACAUCCAACUGGAUGUUCGAGGGUAUGAGUGCUCUGUCCGAGCACCCAUCGCCGCUUCAGCUGCAUAACAACAUGGCAACUGCUUCGAAUUCGAACAUCCCGAGCCCGAUUCCUGUCCAUGGCUCGAGCCGGGCUACGGCAGCUCCUCCAGCUGCAUGCCAGAGCACUCAGUUCGCUAUUGCCUCGCAGGCUCAGUUCUCGCCUCAGCUCCCGCCUCAGCCUCGAGCCUCAUCCCGGAACCAGCGAUUCACUCCAGCGCCUCAGGCCUCGUCUAUUGCCCCACCUCCACCUCCGCCUCCGCCUGCUCCUCAUGCUCCUCCCACACCGUCUCACCAAGCCCAGAGUCACGGUCCGCCUACCUUGCAUGGGACUUUCCAGCCCCACAACCACGCGAUGCCUACGAUGAAUGGAGGCAUAGCCUCGCCUGCUAUUCCCCCACCCCCGCCUCCUUCCAAUAAUCCCUAUGGAAAUUUCCCCACUCAGAACUCGUCUGGAUUCAAUCAGUGGCAGUUUGGACUAGAGACUGAUUUGCUAUGAGUUGAGCGUGCUAUGGGUCUGAGGUAGUCAGUUUGGACGGCGUUUGACAGGUAACUUCAGGCAGGACUGAGACAUAUACGGAGGAUUGACACUAGGUAUGUAUUAGAGACGCGUUGUUUCGGUUUGGCACACAGAUUUUAAUUGUUCGGAACUUGGUACAUUUAUUCGUUAUAAGAGCUUUUCCUUGCCUUCUCUCCGGGGGCAGGGUUUCAAAUUACAUAAGAGGGAUCCUAUAUAGUCCCUCCUCGGGUUUUAUGUGUUACAUGCCAUGCAGUAGAUUCUACUAAUACAUUCUUUAUCAUUAAAUGCCCUCUGUUUCCCUCUUUAAAGCGUGACU